CCCCGCUACGCUCAGAAAGUUGAAAAUUACAACUUUGAAGAGAAAAAAAAAAGUAGCGAAUCAUUAUUUGAUUUCGGUUAAGACAGGAAGACAAUACAGGCGACGUUCCGCAACUUAGUCUUGUUUAAUCCACUCUUUUCUCUUCUACUUUUCAACCUACUUUUCGACAUAAUCCUAAAGAAUCGAAUUAAAUCGCAAACAAACCCCCAACCUAUCACUCAACCCACCGUUGACCAUAUCAAUCAUGGCUCGGGAUACUCCCAGAUUCUUGCACCUGGCGCGUCCUCUUGCGCCCACCGGCGCGAAUUACCAGAACCAUACCGGCCCACUCUCUGUCACUAUUCAAUCCCAGGCCAUCGUCUCCAUUCUCGACCAUGCCACCCGCCGCGAUAUUCGCCCCACACCCACACCUACCAACGAGUCCGCUGUCGUAGCUGCUAGUUCCUCAUCGCGGGUUAUCGGAGCUCUUGUUGGCACCCGAUCCGAGGAUGGCGCCGAGAUCAACGUCUCUUCUUCCUUCGCCAUUCCCCAUACCGAGAAUGAAGACCAAGUCGAGGUUGAUGUCGAGUACCAGAAGAAUAUGUUGUCCCUGCAUCUGCGAGCCCACCCUCGCGAAGUCUUAUUGGGCUGGUAUAGUACUACCCAAGAGCUCAACAGUUUCAGCGCUCUUAUCCAGAACUUCUUCGCGAGCCCCGAGACCGGCACCUUCCCACACCCGGCCAUCCACCUCACAGUCUCCGCUGACCCGGGCUCCGAUAUCAAGACCCGGGCUUACAUCUCUUCCCCGGUCGCCGUCAACGCCGAGCGCGCUUCUGAGUCAUGUCUCUUCAUGCCCGUACUUUGCCGUGUAGGCACUAGUGAUGCUGAGCGCGCCGCACUUGACAUAGUGGGCCGAGCUCGUGAUAACGUUACCCGUUCUGCCCCUGUCAUCACCGAUGUUGAGGCCCUGACUACCACACUCGAGCACACACUAUCCAUUCUGGAUCGCGUCUCUGACUACGUUGGCGCUGUGAUCGACGAGGAGCGAGAACCCAACAAUGCACUUGGCCAAUAUCUGAUACGAGCAGUAUCCCUUGCGCCCAAGGUCGACCCUGCCACCAUCGAAUCCGACUUUAACAACCACAUCCAAGACGUCCUGAUGAUCAGCUAUCUAGCGAACAGCAUCCGCACCCAGAUCGGCCUAAGCCAGCGCCUCGCCACAGCCGUCCUUGCCGACGGUGACAAAGUCGAAGGAAAAGAUGGCGAUGCUAAGGAUGGUAAAGGUGAAAGGGGCGAACGGGGCGGCCGCGGAGGUAAACGAGGAGGUCGUGGAGGAGGUCGCGGAGGCGGACAGCGAGAGCCGCGUGAACCUCGCGAGCCCCGCGAGAACGGUGAAUGAAGUUCUAAUUCCUUACAACUACUUGACGACGGAGGCGAGCCAGAACUCGCCAUUGCCACGCCAGAUGAACGAUACAAUGCCCCGUGAUUUUCUCACAACAGGAGAAAAAACGUGGUUUGGGGGCGGGGUUUACCAGCAGGGAAGCUAGGCAUAUCUAGCUUAGGUGGCCAUUACGGAACGGUGUGUUUAUAAGUAGGAAAAGGAAAGGAAAGGAUGGGAAGGAAUAGGCCUGUAUUACUGCUACUAGCCCUAAACAAAAGAAGAAGACUUGAGCAUGAUGAUGGAAGAAAUGGUUGACUACUAUCUUACCUACCUUACCUAGAGAUUCCCGUUGACACGAAGGAAAGAAAGACACAGAGAGAGAUGUAGGUAGGCAAGCAGGUAAUCAAAUGCAGCAGGAAGGGUAAAAAUACCAAUACCACACUACUACCACUGCCACUAUAUAUACCAUUACCUACUGUCCGAGUAGAUGUGUAUACGAAGUAAUUGAUUGAUUGAUCAACUG